AUGGACGCUGCCCAGGACUCUCUCCCUGUGCUCAACUACUUCACCGCAAUCGAGCAAGCCCAGAACUCUAUCGUCGGGAUUGAUCUGCUACAAUACUUGCCACUAGUCUUUCGCCCACCGAAUGACACCGAGAAGUUGAUUCUAGGCCAUAGUGUUCUAACUUGGCCUACCGACCCUGACCCCACCGGCAUGCUCCACCUCGGCACACAACUCCUUGACUAUGCACUAGACGCAGUCGGAGUUCCUAGUCCACUCCUCCCACCACCGUAUAACCCACACCUAGUCCCCAUCUCACCACGCGACAAUGACGUGUUUUAUGUGGGGGCCACGCUGCUCGAUAUCAACAGUCCGCUCAUUUGGCAACUCGAGGGGCCCAUUGUGGGAAGAAUGCGCAUCGGCGUCCAUCUGCAGAUGCAUGAUAACGGUUGGGUCAUAUACGGACAGGUCACGGGAAUUAUGGGCAUAGAGCGAGAUUGCAUGAGUUUUUGGAUUACGGGCAACAUCCACCACACCAGCGACCGCCUCAUCAACGGAGACCUCAAGACCAUUGUCAUCCGUGUCUGUCCGCAAUGGACACUCCUGUCUAUCCGUCAGUGGGCUAGGUAUAGACUUAGCCAACCACUCGAUCGUUUGCUCAGAGCGCGUAAGCUCUUACCCAGUUAUCGGCAGAAUCCUCACUAA